ACAGUGGCUAUUUAAACUUCAACCAGAAGAUAACCAAUUGGUCUUAGAAUAUUCAGACCAAUGACCAUAAUGGAAGGCUAUCUGCUACUAAUGGUUUUUCUGAUUUAUUGGAUAUAUGUGUAUGCUGCUCUUAAUUAUGGAAUGGGAAGCAAUUACACUCAGGGAAAUGCUUAUAUGAAUAAGACUGAUGAGGAAAAAAAAGAAAGAGAAAAGCUUCUGGAAGAUGAGGAAAAUUUGAGAACUGGAGCUGAAUUUAACAUUACCGAUAAAGAAAAGGACGUGAAUAAAAUCUUUAUGAAUUUAAAGGAAAAGGAGCUCGACCGAGGAUUUAGUCAUGAGGAUCAGAACCCAGCAGCUCUCCAUUUCUUUAAGGCGAAGAGCUUGAUUGAAAAGGGGGAUGUGUUUCCGUUCCUGAAAAAGAUGCCAAAAGGAGCCCUACUCCACGUGCACGACAGUGCGUCUGUUAGCUCCAAAUGGGUUAUCAAAAACCUGACCUAUAUGACCGGAAUGUUGAGGUGUAGUUCAUCGAAAGGGGACGUUUUCACAUUCCGGAAACUGAAGCAAAAGCAUGGCUGUUCUUAUUAUUAUAAAGUAUCCGAAGAGCGUAAUUGGUCUCGCAAAUAUGAUGAAAAACUUGAAAAAUCGAUCAAUUUGCGUGCGGCAUAUCCAGAGAUGGUAUUUCCGAACUUGGGUGAUAUUUGGACUAGGUUUCAAGGAAUGUUUUCAACCUUUAACGAUGCCUUUGCCUAUGUACAUGCCUUUCGGAGAUACAUCUGGCAGAUGCUCGCAGAGCUCUAUUCGGAUAAUGUCAUGUAUGCGGAAGUUCGAUCCACUCUACCCGAGCUUUAUGAUCAAAACGGAAAAAUAUAUCCCAAAGAGUUCACAGUUCGAGAGUACAUUAAUAUUAACAAGAAUUUUGUCAAAAAAUAUGGGGACUUCCUGGGUAUCAAAAUUAUUUAUUGCGGACUUCGACAUGAUCUUAAUACGAUAAAAACAUCUAUAAAAGAGUUUAAACAAUUGCAUAAAAAUUUUCCAGACUUUAUAAUUGGAUUUGAUUUAGUGGGCCAGGAAGAUAAGGGCAAGACAUUGUUUAGUGUACUGAAUGAGUUAAACGAUCUGCCAAAGAGCGCAAAACUUUUCUUUCAUGGAGGAGAGACCAAUUGGUUUGGAUCUGUCAUGGACACCAAUCUUCUGGAUGCUAUUCUGCUUAAAACCAAAAGAAUAGGCCAUGGUUAUGCUCUGGCGAAGCACCCGAUCCUAAUGGAGAAGGUAAUCAACAAGGAAAUAGCCCUGGAGGUGAGUCCCAUCUCGAAUCAGGUGCUGAAUCUGGUCUGGGAUCUGCGGAACCAUCCGGCAGCUAUUUAUCUUUCUAAAAAUAUUCCGAUGACGAUCACCAAUGACGAUCCUGGCUUCUGGGAUGCUCAGGGAGUGACCUAUGACUUCUAUUACGCCAUCAUGAGUCUGGCUCCAAAUGAUGCCGGAAUACGUUUGCUCAAAGGCUUGGUGUGGAACUCUUUAAAUUACUCAGUUUUGACGUACGGCGAAAAACAACGAGGUCUCAACAUCUUAGAUCGCCGUUGGAACAGCUUUCUAAUUGCUGCUCAUUUUAGGUCGCGAAAAAAGUCAAAUAAAAAUAGAGAAAAAAAUAAAAGAAAAUCUCAGAGUGGAAAAUAAAUAAUCGAAUCCACUAAUAUGGUUUAUGGAUAAAAAUCUUUAAAUUGUUUUUGGUGACAGAGCCUAGUGGAAAAAGCAUGUUUAAUGAUUAUAUAUAUAAAUAU